CUUCCAUUUCUCGCCUUGUUCUUAACACUCACUCGUACCGCCGCACUGGCGGAUCCCCUGGCAGAAACCGACACCAGCGAUCUUAGUAAGCGCGCUUGCGUUGCCAAUGGCUGCGGCUGUGGUGGCGGCAAAUAUGAGGUGGGGGAGUAUUGCGGGUACUGCAUCACGCUGAUCUCAGGCGCGCGCGGCGAGCUCUGUGAGGGUCACCUGUACCACUGCGAUACCGGCGGGAAAUGCUGUGAUUAUGGGACGGACAGCUCGUGCAGCAAUCACAAUGGCCCUUACCUCGGCGAAGGUGCGCGUCGGCUUAUCUGAAGGAUUGAUUGGUAUAAAAGAGGGGAUGAAAAUAGCGCAUUGUCUUCCGAUCGGUGUUUUCGAUUUUCACCUAGUUUUAAGUGCUGAUUAUUUCACGGUUUUUUUUCAUUGGGUUGCUCAGGAUGAUGCUUUCCGUUUGGUGGUGCGAUGUAUACCGAAGUAGGGUUUAUUGGUUGGUUUGCAAUGGUCUGAGUUGGUCAUAAUUACUCUCUUCGGAGGCAGUAUGUUGAAGCGGGGCU